GUAGGUACGGCUGCGAGUCCGUAAUCCUCAUGAUUAUAUGUUCCUUGACGCAAUGAAUUCUCCCAAGGCCAUGGCCCAUCAAAUUUACCCUACCCAGGUAGUCGGACUUGGUGAUCAGCUACAGCUUCCGAUUUCCUCAAAUUCGGGGCACCCGUUUCAUUUCCCUCGCUUUAUCUUUCCCUCUUUUACUCGUGCUUAUCAUCUAUGUCGGCGCGCAAGUUGCAUAUUAAGCCUCCCUUUCGUGCAGAGCAUGUUGGGUCAUUAAUUAGGCCCAAAGAGCUUUUCCAGAAACGCCGUCUAAUGGAGAAUCGCGGAUGUUCCCUCGAAGAGCUCGUCAUUGCCGAGGAUGCUGCGGUGCUACACGUCGUGAAGCUCCAGCAAGAUGCGGGUAUUAAGACCCUCACUGAUGGCGAAAUGAGACGAGGGCUUUUCUUCGAAGGUGUAUUUGACAAACUGGAGGGCAUGCAGUAUAUGCCUGAGCGUCCGUUGAGUGAAUUCAAGGAAUACAUACCGCAUAUCGGCAUGAUGAAGGCAGCAGGUACCAUGACUGAUAAGACGAUAUAUUGCUCGGGAAAAAUCAAACGUACACAACCUUUUUACGUUGAUCAGUUCAAAUUCACAAAAAGCAUCGUCCCACCAGAGGAUGUUAAAAAUAUCAAGAUGACUGUAUGCUCUCCCUCGUGGUUUCAUCAGCGACACGGUUCAGACUUUACAUACAAUCUCAACGUGUAUAAAAAUGACGAUGAAUAUUUCGACGAUCUUGGUAUCGCGUACCGUGCUGAAUUUAAGGAACUAUACGAACUAGGAUGCCGUCACAUUCAGAUUGACGACCCUACAUUCUGUUUCUUCUGCAAUGAUGGUGUAAUUAAGAAGAUGAAAGAGAUGGGUGUCGAUCCAGAGACACUGCUCGAUACAUACAUCCGCGCCAUUAAUAUCAUCACUCAAGAUCGCCCGGACGAUCUGGUCAUUAGCGUGCAUAUGUGUCGCGGUAACUUCAUGGGGGCGCAUUUCUGUGACGGUGGUUACGAUCGCAUUGCCAAAAAGGUUUUCAACAACCUUGACGUUGAUACAUUUUACCUCGAAUACGAUAACGAACGAUCCGGUGAUUUUGAGCCGCUGAAAUAUUUUCCCACUAACAAAGCGCUGGUUCUCGGUUUGGUGACCACAAAGACCGGCCAGAUUAUGGAAUCUGUUGAAGAUUUGAAAUCUCGGGUCUACUCAGCUGUAGAUGCCUUGUGUAAAGGAAAUCCAGCGCAGUCAAAGGAAGAUGCUCUGAAUCAGAUUUGCAUCAGUACACAAUGCGGCUUCGCAUCGGUGUGGCAGGGCAACCCCAUUACUGAAGAGGAUCAGACGAAGAAAUUGGAGUUGCUAGUCGAAGCUGCCAAGCAGAUAUGGCCACAAUAAUUUUGGACAAUUUUCCAACAAUUUUCUUUAAAAUUUUAACGUUAUUGGAUACUAGGCGAAGUUCAAUUUUGGACGCGUAACUCUUGGUUUUAUAAAUAGCUUGCAUUGCAAGUUCUUUGCGCAGUUGUCUCGUUGCAGCUCAAGGAGCCCCGAGCGGUCGAGACUGGAUUUUUUGAAGCACUUCGACACAGGGCAAGAAGGUACAGUGGGAGUUCAUCGGCGCUGACAAGCGUUUCUAUGCACGCACAUCGAGUC